UGGCCCAUUAUUGCUAAUUACAAUUACUUAAUGGAUAAGUAUUAAGUAGCCCCAUGUAUAUAAGCUGGUCAAAAUCUCCCCAUAUUUUAGUUCAUAACUAUCCGUUGCUGCUCGUAUUGCUGGCACUCAACAUGUUACUUCGCGAAUUUUAUUUGAACGUGGGGUCUUCGCAAGAGACGGCAACUAAUUUUUUGAGACAAUAUAAUCUGUUGGACGCUGUAGAAGAUGCUGCAAAUUGUCAUCGAUGUGGCUCGACGAUGCAAGAAAAACGAAGAAGAGAUCGUGGAGGAGAAUUCAGGCCAAUAUUGCGCUGUCCAAGGAAAGGCUGUCAAACCACACGGUCGGUGCGGAAUGGAAAUACAUUUUUCCAUUACAACGAUUUAAAUGGGAGGAUUAACAGUAAGUUGUCGCUGGUCCAAAGAUUAGAAUUGAUCUUUCUUUUCUUAUUGGACAUUCCAAUCGAUUCCGUCGUUAGUCUUACCGGUCGUUCCAACGCUACCGUGAUCGAUUGGUUCAACAUGUGUAGAGAGGUAUGCAGUUCGAUGGUAUCAUACACUACAAAUGGUCGAUUAACUGGAACACGUGAAGACCCGGUGCAAAUAGAUGAAGCCCGUUUUGCCGGUCGCAGAAAAUACGGUAGAGGAAGAAUGUUGCAGGGCGAUGCACCUACAGAAUCAGAAGAGUCUGAUGAUGACAUCCACAAUAAUCGUAACCAUGGACGACGUAUCGAUGGGCCAUGGGUGUUUGGUUUGAGGAAUAUUAACGAAACUCGUUAUUUUUAUGUGGCAAGACGAGAUGCAGAAACAUUGCUCCCAAUAAUUCAAAGAGAAGUUGAAAUGGGAUCGGUUAUCCACUCUGACGAAUGGCCUGCAUAUCGCAGGUAAAUCAUCAAGAGAACUACGUUAAUCCAGAGACUGGAGCUCAUACACAGGGAAUUGAGCGGAGUUGGCUAGACGCCAAAAUAAAAAUAAUGAAAAAGAUGAGAGGAGUGUCCAUCCAACAUUUCCAGUCCCACUUGGAUUAUGUUUGUUGGCAGAUUUUGAA